CACAGGCCUCCUUUUAUCAUCAGUCGGCUCUUCAUUCUAAGAAGAUGGCGAACAAUUGUACCAACCAGGAUUUCAUGGACUUGGAACUGCCUGUUAUUAAAUAUGAAUACUUGGACCAUCCAGCUGAUGUCCAAAUUCAUUCCUGGGGCACCACACUUCAGGAGUCUUUUGAACAGGCAGCCAUGGCAAUGUUUGCUUACAUGACAAAUAUAGAUACAGUUGAUAUGGUGGAAAGACAAGAAAUUAAAGCUAGUGGUGAUGAUUUACUGGGGCUCUUAUAUCAUUUCUUGGAUGAAUUCUUAUUCCUAUUCUGUGCUGAACCUUUCUUUAUAGUGCGAAAAGUGAAAAUAUUAGAAUUUGAUUUAGAAAAUUUAACUAUACAUGCAGAAGGGUAUGGUGAAGAAUUCGAUCUUGACAAGCAUCCUCAGGGAACGGAAGUAAAAGCCAUCACCUAUUCCAACAUGCAAAUUCAUGAUAAAGUUGAAGAUAAUGAUAUAUUUGUAAUAAUUGAUAUUUAAUAGAAUUUUAAUCCUUACUCACCUAUACAAGAAACUUUUUUCUAUUGUCCUUGUUGAACUGCUAAUAAAAUAUUUAUAAACUUUUUUUCUAAAAUCAUGAAUUCUAACUACAUAUGAAAUUAAAUAUUUUCUAAACUUUU